AUACAGUAGUGUUUUGAAUUGAAAAUAAUAUGAAAUCAACGAUAGAAAUGACAAGAAAAUAGAGAUGAAAUGAUUGUGUGUGACAUUUCAGUACUGAAGUAGUAUUCAAUUGAUUGUGAACUUUAUCGUCAACUUUCAGAUAUGAGUUCAUUUGAUGUGAAAAAUAUUAUUUAAAAAUAAUUUUAUUAUCCAUUCAUUGCAUUUUGAAUGACACUUACAAUCAACCAAAUUAUGAUUAGUAUGGGUAACGUUUGCACCUCAUGUCCAACAUUUUGUCUUCAUCGCACAUCCAAUAUGAAAAGUGCAAUGUCUUCCUCAUCAGUGGGAAGUGAGCGAAACAGUGGUAGUGGAGGAGUGAUAACAAGUAUUGACUUUGAAUUAGAAAGUAAUAAAAGUCAAACUAAAUCUAAUGGCAGAAUGAGCUGUACUAGUGAUGACAGUUGUGCUAUCAAUGAACUUCUUGAGGGUCGGAUGGACCUCAAUGUUAAGCUCCCAAACAAAGCUAAUAAUGUUGUGAUUAAUGUUGAGAGACGGACACCAAUGCUUGACUUAUUGGUCAACAUAUCGACACAAUAUCGCUUCAAUGCCGCUAAUUAUACCAUUUGUGUCGGUGAUCGUGAGUUUAAAGCGAGUACACCCAUCGGUUCCCUCGAUGUCAACCAAAUUGCAAUAACUCCUAAACCUAUUAAAAAUAAUUCAUUAAAAAGUAACUCUCCUUCAACUGGUAUACCAUUUCAAACUACAUUUAGACUUCAGGUAAAUUUGCCACGAAAUCAAUUAAUGGUAUUAAGAGUUACACCCAAUGCUACCAUUGCUGCGAUAAAACAAAUAAUUUGUAGUGAAAAAUCAUUGGACGCCAAUAAAUAUCAAUUGGUUCGUAUUGUGACCAACAAUCAAACACCUCAAGUCUUGGACGCCAAUAAAACUUUAGCUUAUUAUACACUCAAUGAAGUGACUCUCAUCUCAAAUAAGGCAUUAUCUCAAAUUGAGGUGCAAUUUGUCGCUCACAGCACUUCUCAGAUCGAUCUGUCUAAUAAUUCUUCCGUUGCUUCACUUAAAAAGCCUAUCAAUUCAUUGAUUAUAAGUCAAUCAAAUCCAGACUUUACAACAAUGGAUGAAAAAUCAAUAGUAAAUCACACGCCAACUGGUUCUAAGCCACAAAAGAAAAGACAGGCACCACUUCCGCCUAUGUCUUCAUCGGCUACACUUCCAAAUAGGUUGUCGCCAUCAGCAAUGAAUUCAUUUAAAGACAAAAAUGAGACAAACAUUCAGAAAACUGACUUAAAUGAACAAAAAGACGAUCAUUUGUCACAAACUAUUAUUGAAAGCAAACCCGUUCUUAAGGUUCUCUCAAAUGGUGUUUCACACGUCAGACAAAAUUCAGGUUCAGAUUCAAGUGGUUAUCACGAAUCUGUUCUCAGUAGUAGUGACUCUCCCGAACAAUCAACAAAUCUGCCAAAAGAUAGCUUAAAGGCAAGUGCUGUCACACAGAAGUCAACGUCGAGUACCAACUGUAAGAUAACAGCGAAGAAACGUCGCGCUCCACCGCCGCCAAGCAUUACAAGUGAACAAUCAGUUCAACAAUUAGCUGAUAUUAAUGGUAAAAAUAAUGAUUUCAAUUCAGACGAAAGUAAAUCAGUUCUCGAAUGUAUGAGUGAAGUGAGUCUUCCACUUUCAACUUCUUCCUCAUCCAGUAGUGGUAACGCGUCUUCAAUUAAUAACAGAAGUCUGUCCCCUAUUGUUAUCACACAAACUAACGGCUCAUCAACACCUCUGCAAGACUUUAAAAAUUGCUCUUACGAUCAGUCAAAUGAAGAUAAGAGCAUACAAUCAAUUUCAGACAAUACAGUUAGCUUUAACUCUGAUGAAUGUAUACCACAAGACAAAGAAAUUAACACAAUUGAGUCAAUAGUUGACAAAAAUCAGUGCAAUAAUAAUGAUAUUAAAAAUGAUGACAAAGAAGAUAGAAAUGUGAGUAAACUUAAAGAUAGUUCACAACAAUUGUCAAAUUUAACACAAACCUAUGUGAGAGAUGUCGAAAAAGUAAGUCUUAAAUUGUCUUCAAUUGAUAGAACUAUCGAUAGUAAAGACAUUGAUGAGAAUGUGGGACAUAUUAACAAUAAUUUAAAGAUUAAUGAAACCAUCAAUAAGAUGGUAGCAGACAAUAGUCAGCUAUUAAUCAAUGAAACAUCUUUUAAAUCAUUGGAUAAGCAAUCAGUAGCUGAAAUCAAUUAUAUAUCACCUGCACUUGAUUUAGAUGAUAAUGAAUGCACUUCACAGGUGGUGGAAGAGCAUGAAGACAGAGAAGGAAAUCGCGAAAUAGAUUUAGCAGAGCUGUCGAUACCAUUGCCACCGCCGUCACCGUUUCAGAACAGCAUAUAUGAUGAGAACAGCUCUUUAAGUGAAUCUAUUGAUGAAAGUGCUAACGAAAAGUCUAUAUUGAGUCAACCAUUGAUUGAUUGCAAAUCAGAUUAUUUACAGACAAAUGAAGAAUCACUUGAAACUAUAGAAAAGAAAAAAUCGCAAGAUUUUGAAGAACUUAUAAAAUACAAUCAAACGACAAACAAUGAGUCAAAUAUUAGUGACGAAGAACUAAUCAACAAAGAAAUUGAAGUGACUUUACAAUCACUUAAUGAAGAAUUGGAUCGAUUAGAGUCAAGUGAUAACAUCGAAAGUCAACAGUCUAUUCAGUUGAAUAUUACACAAGAAGUCGAUAAUAACGAUGAAAUUUCAAAUAUAAAAUCAAUAAGAAGUGAGAGACCAUCGCCAACGCCAUCACCCACACCAAGACUUUCAAUUACAGCACAUAACUAUAAAAAUAAAACCGAAAAAGACAUUAAAAGUGAUAAUUUUAAAAAGAUUUCAGAAAGCGAUAGCAAAACAAGUGUUGAAGUCAUUAAAAGUCAAAUACCAACGCCACCGCUAUCACCAUUGUCUUCUUCGUUGUCUUCUUCGUAUUCAACGUCCCCAAGUCCAACAUCUGAAGAAAAAAUGUCAAUCACUGAUGAAGUCAAACAAUUAUGUAAACCACGAGUUCGUUUGGCGAACUUCUCGAUUGGUUCCUAUAAGAGAGAAGUUGACAUUUAUGAAGACAAACUAAAUACUAAGCGAACAGAACAGUCAAUGUCAUCAUCUGUUGCUAAUCCAAAGGCCGAAUCAUUUGCUACUUUUCCUUCUUUAAAAAAGGAAGAAAAAAUCAGACCUUCGAUCACCCAAAACAAGUCAAAAGUAAAUAUUACAUCGACUUCGACAACAAUUACAUCGUCAACCACUACAAAGCCUAUCCGUUCCCCUCAAAUACAGACACUGAUAACAAGUGCUCCUAAGAUUAAUCGCAUCCAUUCGUGGAGCGGAAACAAGAAUACUGUGUUGGAAGACAAUGAUGUCAAACAACCCGUUAAAAGUCAGGAACGCUAUGUCUCACAGAUAUCUAUAAAAUCUGAUGAAAUUAAUAUGAAUGCGACUACAAUUAAAUCAUCUGAAAAUGGUUUACAAUCACCUAAAUUUAAAGUUCAAUCAUUAAUUGCACAAAAUGAGGAACGAUUGAAAAGUAGAUCUCCUUCUCCUCAAUUGCCACCACAAAGAGCUGAAUCAAUCAAAGAGCGAACAACUAUUACUAUUAAACCCGGUUCUGAGUCUGUCAUUCGGUUUAAUUCCAAGAAUUUUACUGAUAUUUAUAACAAUAAUAGUACUAAUACUACUACGAGUACUACUACUACUACUACUACUACUACUACUAAUAAUAAUAAUAAUGUUAUAACAAAACAAUUUACUUCACAAAAAAAAUUUAACAAUAAUUUGACUGAUAAUAAACAAAAUUCAAUACAAAUUAAAGAAAACAAUGAUUUGAAAAAGAAAUUAAAUUAUGAGAUAAAUGAUAGUAAAAGUGGUUUAAAAGAAGUAAAGUUUGCUAUAAAUGAAACUAAGCCUAAAAUUAAUGAUAAAGAAGAGCCUUCACAAGCAGUGAUAGUACCGCCACCAAUACCACCACCUAUACAAUCACCAGCAAUGGCAUCGGUGGCGCCAAUACCACCUCCAAUACCACCUCCAAUACCAUCACCAGUAAUAGCAUCGAUGCCUCCAAUACCACCACCAAUACCACCACCAGUUCCACAAACAAUUAAAACAUUUGGAGCGAAUACACUUCCGAAAACCAAUACAAAAGCGUAUCAAACGAAAGGAUGGAACAGUGAUAAAGUAGUCCGAAAUGGUGGAGAAGUGCCAAAAGUAAAACAUGUCGAACCACCCAAUAAUAUGAAUGUCAGGGAUCAGCUGCUCAAUGAAAUCAAAAGCUUUGGGGGAAGAAAUACACUUAAAAAGGUAUCAAAAAACACUUCUUGGAAACUGGAGGUCAAUGCCGUCAAAACGUAGCAAAAC